UCUCCCCGGCUCGUUAUCUCGGCGAGCAGAGCACCGCAGCGCGCACACGCGUCGCCCGCCCGCUUGCUUGCUCGUCCGGGCGCUUCCUCCGUCUCCUCCGGAAUCCCGGAUGGCCACCGUCGCCGCCUCUCUCCCGCUCCGGGCCGCCGCCCGCGCGGGCCCGGCGCCGCCCCGCGCACCACCCUCCGACGCAGCCUUCUUCCCCGGCCGCCCGUGGCAGCGCCGGCUGGCGGCGAGGGGCCGGCCCUGGGGAUCGGUGGGGUGGUUCCGGGCGGAGGCUCUUCCCGGCGGUGCCGGCGGACCGCCGCGGAGGGAGCCCAUGGCGCCUCCUUACAAUGUCCUCAUCACCGGUUCCACCAAAGGUAUAGGAUACGCGCUGGCAAGGAAGUUCCUCAAGGCUGGUGAUAAUGUUGUAAUAUGCUCAAGAUCAGCUGAAAGGGUAGACUCUGUAGCCAAUGACCUGAAAAAGGAAUUCGGAGAGCAACAUGUGGGACUGUCUGUGAUGUUAGAGAAGGCGCUUGUAGAUUUUGCGCGAGACAAGCUGGAGUAUAUUGAUAUUUGGAUCAACAAUGCCGGAUCAAAUGCAUAUAGUUACAAACCAUUGGUGGAAACCUCUGAUGAGGCUCUAAUUGAGGUGAUCACCACUAACACUCUUGGAUUGAUGCUAUGUUGUCGUGAGGCAAUAAAUAUGAUGUGGAACCAACCUCAAGGUGGUCACAUAUUUAACAUUGAUGAUGGAAGGCCAACCCCAAGGUUUGCAGCUUAUGGUGCAACGAAGAGAAGUGUGGUGCACCUUACAAAGUCUCUACAGGUAAAGCCUGGCAUGGUUACGACUGAUCUUCUUAUGUCUGGUGCUACCGCAAAGCAAGCAAAGUUUUUCAUCAAUAUAUUAGCUGAAACUGCUGAUGUGGUUGCGGAUUACCUUGUUCCAAACAUCAGAGAAAUCCCUACCAAGCAAUCCAUGAAGCCGACUUACAUUCGCUUUCUCACAGGCUUGAAAGCCUACUCCAGAAUAUUUUCAAGAAUUGCUUUUGGUGCUCGUAGGAACAAGUAUGUUGCCGAGGAUUAGUUUUCUUACUGCCAUCUUCCAACCCAGAAGAAACCUAGGGAUAUUCUUGUUAUCAUAUUUUAGAAGUCCAUUCUUUUCCUGUAAAAAUAGGAUGUAUCACUGAGGGCAUCUUGAGAACACAGCAAUGUACUCCUCAUAUAUACAAUACAUGUAAUUUGAUUACACCUCAUCAAAUUACAGUUCAUCUGGAUUAUUUAUGGACCUUAUGAUCUAGUUGCAUGUUGCAUUUUCAA